ACGAGAUCCAAAUCCAAUCAACUAAAACCUAUUUAAUCCACACUCGGCAAAGUUAGGGUUUUUGAGUGUUGUUAAAAAGGGUUUGCCUUGCACUUGUAGCCGUCUCUCGUUUCACUUCCCUUCUGCAUCUUCAGCAACAACCAUGGCCGUCGGGAAAAACAAGAGGAUUUCAAAGGGAAAGAAAGGAGGCAAGAAGAAGGCAGCGGAUCCAUUCUCAAAGAAGGAUUGGUAUGAUAUUAAAGCACCAUCCGUUUUUCAAGUAAAAAAUGUCGGCAAGACUCUUGUUACUCGUACACAGGGUACCAAGAUAGCUUCUGAAGGGCUCAAACAUCGUGUGUUUGAGAUCUCACUAGCUGAUCUUCAGGGUGAUGAGGAUCAUGCUUACAGAAAGAUUAGGUUGAGAGCUGAAGAUGUUCAAGGGAAGAAUGUUUUGACAAAUUUCUGGGGAAUGGAUUUUACAACAGACAAGUUGAGAUCAUUGGUGAGGAAAUGGCAGACUUUGAUUGAAGCUCAUGUAGAUGUGAAGACAACUGAUAACUACACCUUGAGGAUGUUCUGCAUUGGAUUUACCAAGAGACGACCAAACCAGAUUAAGAGGACAUGUUAUGCACAAUCCAGCCAGAUUGGACAGAUACGUAGGAAGAUGAGGGAGAUCAUGACAGCCCAGGCAGCAUCUUGCGAUCUUAAGGAGUUGGUUCGUAAGUUCAUUCCUGAGACUAUUGGGAAAGAGAUUGAGAAGGCAACUUCAAGUAUCUACCCAUUACAAAAUGUCUAUAUCCGGAAAGUCAAGAUUUUGAAAGCUCCAAAAUUCGAUCUUGGAAAACUGAUGGAGGUUCACGGCGAUUAUUCAGAAGAUGUUGGUGUGAAGUUGGAGAGGCCAGCUGAUGAGCCGAUGGCUGAGGCUCCUGCUGAAACUGUUGCUUGAAAUCAUCUUUGUUUCAACAGUUGAAUGAGUUCGCUGUAGAACCCCCAGUUGUUUUUAUUUUCUUGAGUUGCAAACAUUACUUCUAAAAUGCUGCACGUUUUUUAUGAUCAUGUGUUUUGAUUGAACUGAGAUUUUGAAUAGUUCUCUUAAUCAGAUACUAUAGUGAGAUGCUUUUUGCCAAAA